AAACUCUAAUUACAAAAUCGAUUACCCGUAUCCCGAAUUUACAAAGCAGGUAAAAAAUCAAGACCACCACCACCGACCCUGUCCAGAUAAAUAUCUUCUGUUCUCGGCGCAAAUAUAUACAUACAUCUCAAACGCCCACAUCCCAUCCGAUUAAUUAUAUUUAUGCAUAGAAAGAUCGUCGAAAGAUUGUUGUUUUUGGUUGGGGAUCGGUUUUGCAUACGCAUGAACUGUUUGAUCAACCUUUGUAUUUCCUUUAAUAUCAACACAAAACAGUUCACCAACAAUAAUAAUAAUAGUAAAUUGUUGUUGUUGUUAUUGUUGUUAAGUGAUUUUAAACCCUUCUUUAAUCUCUCUUCAAUCUUGCUUUCAUCAUGGCUUCAAGAGGUGACAAGACUAAUCGUCAAUUGAAUCGAGCUAUAUGCUCUGCGAACACCGAAGGCAGGAGUGCAGCCUCACCAUCUGUCAUAAUCAUAGGCGGUGGAAUGGCAGGCAUUGCAGCUGCCCGAAUUCUCCAGGAUGCUUCGUUUCAGGUUACACUUUUGGAAUCGCGGGACAGAAUUGGUGGUCGAGUUUGCACCGACUACUCAUUUGGAUUUCCUGUUGACGUGGGCGCCUCGUGGUUGCAUGGGGUGUGUGAGGAGAAUCCCUUGGCACCUGUUAUCGGAAGAUUAGGACUACCUCUAUACCGUACAAGUGGAGAUAACUCAGUAUUGUAUGACCAUGAUCUGGAGAGCUAUGCUCUUUUUGACAUGGAUGGCAACAAGGUCCCUCAAGAUUUAGUCACAAAGGUUGGCGAAGCUUUUGAGAGCAUUUUAGAAGAGGCAAAUCAAGUACGAGCAGAAAACAGUGAGGACAUGUCUGUAUCCUGUGCAAUAUCAAUUGUGUUCAAAAGGCGUCCUGACUUAAGGCUUGAUGGACUGCCUCAUAAGGUGUUGCAGUGGUACCUAUGCAGAAUGGAAGGUUGGUUCGCUGCAGAUGCUGAUACCAUCUCUCUCAAGGGUUGGGAUGAGGAAGAGCUGCUUCCAGGUGGGCAUGGGCUAAUGGUCCGUGGUUAUUUUCCCGUUAUAAAUACACUUGCUAAAGGCCUUGAUAUACGCUUGGGUCACAGGGUGAGAAACAUAGUUAGACGAUACAAUGGUGUGAAGGUAACUGUUGAGGAUGGUAGAACAUUCAUUGCUGAUGCUGCCAUUGUUGCAGUCCCUCUUGGUGUUUUAAAAUCAAAUUGCAUCAAGUUUGAGCCGAGACUGCCAGAGUGGAAGGAAACAGCCAUUGCGGACCUUGGGGUAGGAGUUGAGAACAAGAUAAUAUUGCAUUUCAAAGAGGUGUUUUGGCCAAAUGUCGAGUUUCUGGGAGUGGUUGCAGAGACAUCUUAUGAAUGCAGCUACUUCUUGAAUCUUCACAAGGCUACUGGUCAUGCAGUUCUUGUGUAUAUGCCUGCUGGACAGCUGGCCCGUGACAUUGAGAAAUUGUCAGAUGAGGCUGCAGCUAAUUUCGCUUUCACUCAACUUAAAAAGAUCCUACCAGAUGCAUCUGGUCCGAUUCAGUAUCUUGUUUCGCAUUGGGGCACAGAUGUGAACUCACUUGGAUCCUAUAGCUAUGAUGUAGUAGGAAAAUCCCAUGAUCUAUACGAGAGGUUAAGGAUCCCUGUAGAUAACUUAUUCUUUGCUGGGGAAGCUACUAGCAUGGCCUACCCUGGCUCAGUACAUGGUGCAUAUGCAACUGGAGUAUUGGCUGCUGAGGACUGCCGAAUGCGUGUAUUGGAGAGGUACGGAGAGGUGGAUCUUUUCCAGCCAGUCAUGGGAGAGGACACCCCAGUGUCUGUUCCAUUAUUGAUUUCCCGGAUCUAGUUUUAAGGGUGUAGAUGCCUAAGUUAUAUAGGUAAAUACAUGUCCUUGUCUUCCAAUGUGCCUUAUUCUCAGUUGCAUUGGUUGACAAUUGUAUUCUAGCUAAAGUGACUCUGGUAAGCCUUAAGUUAUCGAAACGCAUGUAGCGUUCGUGAACUUGCUAUCUGUAUUUGUAAAGAAAUUAUGUAUGUAUGAUUAGAGACAGAAUAGACAUCAGUCAAAUGACUCUGUUGUGUAACAAUGUAUUCAUAAUUGUGUUAAUAAAAAUGUACAAUGCAAGCUGCAGGCAGCUUAUAAAAAUGUAUUUUUAAUUUGAGACA